GAGAGGGCUGGGGUUCCCUGUGACCCCUCCUCUCGGGAAGCUCAUCGCAUACAGAAAGGGGCGUGCUGGAAGGAAAUACAGCAGUCCCCACCCUCUUCUUGAGCGGGUCAUACAACCUUGGCCACUAGAGUCCAGUGUGUCCGAGAGAAGGAAUGUUGCUGGGGGAAGAAAAACAGGAGCGGGAAGGGAGAGAGGGCAGGACCUGGGACCAGGAAGAGGCCGCCGGCACCAUCACGAAGCGCCAGCGAGGCGCAGAAGCAUGGCCCUCAGGUCUGGGACCAGGUCUCUAUCCAAGCCGUGUGCUGCACCCUGAAGGCAGGCAGCGGGAGGAGACUGAACAGGGAACAGCGAUGAUAACAAUCAAUAAUCCAGAUGGGGUGCAAGUGCUGCAAAAUGAUACAAAGCUAUCUCCUGGAUCCUGUUCAAAUGCCCUCCCAUGGCUACGUCAACGAAGUUAGCAGCUGCAAGAUAGAUGAAGACAGCCCUGUGAAAAUAAAAGACAAGCAAGGCAGCAAGGUCCUGGUGCAUACAAAUGACCUGCAGAGUGAGGACUCGCCGCCAGCUGAGAGCCACAGCAGGACAGAGGGCCUCCUGGAACCCGGCUGGCCUACCCAAGGACCGCUCCCCCAGGCGGACCCAGGAGGGGGACUGAAUGCCGAGAAGCCCUGUGGCACGGUCAAUGGCAUUAGCCCAGCUGGGAACCCCGGGGCCCAGCAGGGUGACCGGGGCUCCUGGGCCUGCACUGCACACAACAGUCACCCCAAUCAACCCUUCCUGGAAAGCGGAGACACCAGGAAAGAGGACUGUGUGCCGGCAACCUCGGAGCAGACCCAGGUCAGCCGAACCGGAGACCCCGGAGACCCCGGAGUUGCAUCUCAGGCAGAAAGCCUGUCCCUGGGAGAACAAGGCCACGUCCUCCAGAUGCCACCCCCGGACUACCCGCCGCUUUGCAGUCCCAGUGCAGACGACAUGGACCUUAAAGAUGGGGGUUGUCUUUUCCUGAACCCUACUGAGGAUGAGCCGCUGCAGGGAAGUGGAGUGCGCAGGUGGAAGGGGCUCUUCACCCUGGAGAGAAGCCGGGACUCAUUCAGUGAAGCCGUGGCCGUGGAAAAUCUAAGCAUAUGCCUGCAAGAGGAGGACUCCGUGCUUCCUGUGCCAGCGCCUGACUACGGCAGCGAGCAGGAAGACGCCCGCGGCUCCAUUGCAAACAGGGACUGGGAGAUGCUGGACGAAGACGCAGCAGUGGCAGAAGCCCUGGCUGCUUUAGAAGCUGCCACUGCCGGGGAAGAUGAUGUGGAGGAGGCCAAUUAGGGAAGGGGAGGGGUGUAGGCAAGUCAGCCAGUGUCAUGCCGGGCCCUUGGACAUGCCUCAGCUCCUUAGACACUUGGCGGAUUAUCCUGCCAGCGCGCACUGUUUACAUCCGGUUCUGUUCUGCUUGUCAGGACCUGUACCAUCGCACGUGGUCACUAGGUGGAGCACCACUCUGUCUGCUGGGAGCUGUCCUUCCAGACCCUGGGAUGACCAUCGUGCCCAUAUCUGAGGCGAAGACAGUCAUUCAGCAGCCUGCUCGCCAAGCCUCAAAGCUCUCCAGAAAGGAUGCUCUGAAACCCCUGGUCCUUAUUGCCAAGGGUACACAAUCACAGGGCAUUAUGUCUCACUGUAAAUUCUUGUACCUUGCUUUCCAGAGCCAGACAUUGUCCCCAGCCCAGAACCAUGCCCAUCACCACCCCACCCUCCCACUUAGCUAAGUGCCUCAGGUGAAUCCAGAGCAUGGCUGAACUUCAGGGAAUUAGUAACUGACCACUUGCUAGACAGUGAGUUAAGCUUAGCAGCCUGCAGAAUAGGACAGGAGUUACCAGUAGAAAAAUGGUGACCAA